AUGGCAGCGUCUGGCGGCGGCGGCGGCAGCGGGUCGGCCGAAAGCGGCAGGAGCGGUCGCCGCACGGUGUUCCUGUUCGACCGGCGCGAAGAGCAGUCCGAGGUUGGGGAGCGCGCGCUGCACUUGGACAAGGGCGCCGACUUCUCGAGCUUCCGUAACGCCGUCUGUCAGGCACUUGGGAUUUCAUCUGGAGAGAAGUUUGUUAUCACAACAACAAACAGAAAAGAAAUUACUCAUGAUAACUUUAAUGAAAAUGUUCAAGAUGGGGUCACUCUGUACUUACUUCAGUCAGUCACUCAAUUAUUGCUUUCUGCAACAAAGGAACGGAUCGACUUCUUACCACACUAUGACACUUUGGUUAAAAGUGGCAUGUAUGAAUAUUAUGCCAGUGAAGGACAAAAUCCCUUACCAUUCGCCCUUGCAGAAUUAAUUGACAACUCUCUCUCUGCUACUUCACGUAAUACUGGUAUUCGAAGUAUUCACAUCAAAUUGCUUUUCGAUGAAUCACAAGGAAAGCCUGCAGUUGCUGUGAUUGAUAAUGGAAGAGGAAUGACCUCUAAGCAGCUUAACAACUGGGCUGUGUAUAGGUUGUCAAAGUUUACAAGAAAAGGUGACUUUGAAAGUGAUCAUUCGGGAUAUGUCCGUCCUUUACCAGUGCCUCGUAGUUUAAACAGUGACAUUUCAUAUUUUGGUGUUGGGGGCAAGCAAGCUGUUUUCUUUGUUGGACAAUCAGCCAGAAUGAUUAGCAAACCUUCAGAUUCUCAAGAUGUUCAUGAGCUCGUACUCUCUAAAGAGGAUUUUGAAAAGAAAGAAAAAAAUAAAGAAGCAAUUUAUAGUGGCUAUAUUAGAAACAGGAAGCCAUCAGACUCUGCUCAUAUCACAAAUGAUGAUGAGAGGUUUCUACAUAAUCUUAUCCUUGAGGAGAAAGAAAAAGAUAGCUUUACUGCAGUGGUUAUUACAGGAGUACAACCAGAACACAUACAGUACCUGAAAAAUUAUUUUCAUCUUUGGACAAGACAAUUAGCACAUAUUUAUCAUUACUAUAUUCAUGGACCAAAAGGAAAUGAAACAAAUGCUACAACAAAAGAAGUUGGACCAUUCAACAACAUUGAUAUGGAAAUUUCUGUGUUUGAAAAAGGGAAAGUGCCUAAGAUUAUCAACCUUAGAGAGAUCAAAGAUGACAUGCAGACUUUAUAUAUCAAUACGGCAGCAGAUAGUUUUGAGUUCAAGUCUCAUGUAGAAGGAGAAGGUGUGGUUGAAGGAAUCAUUCGCUAUCAUCCUUUCUUAUAUGAUAAGGAGACUUAUCCUGAUGAUCCAUGUUUUCCAUCAAAAUUAAAAGAUGAUGAUGAUGAUGAUGACUGUUUCAUAGUAGAAAAAGGAGCAAGAGGGAAAAGACCCAUUUUUGAAUGUUUUUGGAAUGGAAGAUUAAUACCUUACACUACUGUAGAAGACUUUGACUGGUGUGCUCCUCCUAAGAAGCGAGGCCUUGCACCGAUUGAAUGCUACAAUAGAAUUUCUGGUGCAUUAUUCACUAAUGAUAAAUUUCAGGUCAGCACAAAUAAACUCACUUUUAUGGAUCUAGAACUAAAGCUGAAAGAUAAGAACACUCUUUUUACAAGGAUUUUUAAUGGCCAGGAGCAACGGAUGAAAAUUGACCGAGAAUUUGCUUUGUGGUUGAAAGACUGUCAUGAGAAGUAUGACAAACAAAUAAAAUUUACUAUUUUUAAAGGGAUAAUUACACGUACAGACCUUCCUUCUAAAAGAAUGCAGAGUCCAUGGGCUACAUACUCUGCAAUAGAAUGGGAUGGAAGGACAUACAAAGCAGGGCAGUUAGUUAAGACGACCAAGACACUUCCGCUCUUUUAUGGAAGCAUAGUAAAAUUUUUUCUUUAUGGUGAUCAUGAUGGAGAUGUAUAUGCUACAGGAGGGGAGGUUCAAAUUGCAAUGGAACCUCAAGCUUUAUAUGAUGAAAUUAAAACUGUUCCAAUCACAAAGCUUGAUAGGACAAUACCUGAGAAAAUUGUAAAAAAAUACGUAGAAGAUGAAAUGGCAAGGCUUCCAGAUCGAUUAUCUGUAACUUGGCCUGAAGGAGAUGAAUUGUUACCAAAUGAUGUCAAGCCUGCUGGGACUCCUAUUGGCGCAUUAAGAAUUGAAAUACUGAAUAAAAAAGGAGAAGCCAUGCAAAAGCUUCCUGGUACAAGUCACGGAGGGUCAAAGAAACUACUGGUUGAACUCAAGGUUAUUUUACAUUCUUCAAGUGGAAAUAAAGAAAUAAUUUCACAUAUCAGUCAGCAUGGGGGCAAAUGGCCUUAUUGGUUCAAGAAAAUGGAAAAUAUUCAAAAACUUGGCAAUUACACAUUAAAACUUCAAGUCGUAUUAAAUGAAAGUAAUGCAGACACUUAUGCAGGCCGGUCAUUGCCAUCAAAAACAUUUAAAUUUUCUGUGAAAGAGGGUAAACCAGAGAAAUUUUCAGUGGGCCUCCUGGAUCCUCCAUUUCGUGUUGGAGUUCCAUUCAGUAUUCCCCUGGAGUUGCAGGAUGAAUUUGGUCAUACUACUCAACUGGUAACUGAAAUUAAGCCAGUUCUUGAAGCAAGUGGCUUGUCCUUACAAUAUGAAGACAUCAGCAAAGGGCCAAAUUGUGUAAUUAGGGGUGUUACUGCUAAGGGCCAUGUAAAUUCUUACCAAGGCAAGAACUUUAGUCUGAAGGUUAUUCUACCAGGUUUAAAAGAAGAAUCCCAGAUUUUGAAAAUUAGAUUACUCCCUGGGCCUCCUCGUCAGUUGAAAGUGAAGCCAGAUUCUGAUUUUCUAGUCAUUGAAAAUGGGACAGCUUUCCCAUUUCAGGUGGAAGUUUUAGAUGAAUCAGGAAAUAUCACAGCACAGCCCAAAUUGAUUGUUCAUUGUAAGUUUUUAGGUGCUCCAAAUCUUCCUGUCUACAGUGUGGAUUGUAGUAAUGCUGGAACUAGUAUUUUAACUGGACCUCCAUUUCAUGUACAGAAUAUAAAGAAAGACCACAUACUUAAAGCAAGGAUUGAAAUACCAAGCUGUAAAGAUGUUCCAGCUGUAGAGAAGACUAUUAGAUUGCUCCCCAGUAGCCAUGUUGCAAAACUGCAGAUAUUCAGUGUAGAAGGCCAAAAAGCAAUUCAGAUCAAACACCAGGAUGAAAUUAACUGGAUAGCUGGAGAUGUCAUGCAUAAUCUCAUCUUUCAGAUGUAUGAUGAAGGAGAAAGAGAAAUUAUUAUAACAUCUGCUUUAGCUGAAAAAAUUAAGGUUAAUUGGACACCUGAGAUUAAUAAGGAACAUUUGCUGCAGGGUUUGCUACCUGAUGUGCAAGUACCAACAUCUGUGAAAGAUAUGAGAUAUUGCCAGGUUUCAUUCCAAGAUGAUCAUGUGUCAUUGGAGAGUGCAUUUACUGUAAGACCAUUGCCUGAUGAACCAAAACACCUUAAAUGCAAGUUAAAAGGAACAAAAACAGUACAAAUGGGUCAAGAACUCCAAGGAGAAAUAGAGGUAAUAAUUACAGAUCAGUAUGGGAAUCAGAUUCAAACUUUCACAUCAAAUUGUUUAAAUUCUUUGGGAGUUUCUGGAAACGGACUUGAUAAAUCCAAUAUGAAAACAAUUUGGCAGGAGAACACACAGACUAUAAUUAUAAAAGGCAUAAAAUUUAACCCAGGUCCUCCUGGAAACAAGGAGCUCUGCUUUGCAUGGCGUGAGUUUUCUGACUUUCUCCGGGUACAACUAAUUUCUGGACCACCAGCUAAACUUCUCCUGGUAAACUGGCCAGAGUUAACAGAGCCUAUUCCAGUGAUCAAUGGAAAAGAAUUACCAAACCCCCUUACAGUUCAACUUUGUGAUCAGUGGGAAAAUCCUUCUUCUGUACCACUAGUUAAAAUAAGUCUUGUGAAAGCAGCGAUCUUAAAACUCAGCCCUUCAAAUCAGCAGCACAAAACUGAUGAAAAUGGUGUGGCUAAUUUGGGAGUUUUUAGUGUUUCUGCCCCUAGGGGAGAACAUACUAUCCAGGUUAAAGCUACCUAUAACAAGAAUUCCCUUGAAGGACCUAUAAUUAGGCUAAUGGUUCUUCCAGACCCUGAAAAGCCUGUGCGUCUAAAUGUUAAAUACGAUAAAGAUGUUUCCUUUUCUGCAGGAGAUAUUUUUACUGAUUUCAUGGUUAGUGUUAUUUCUGAAGAUGAGAGUGUAAUUAAGAAUAUUAAUCCAACACGAAUUUCUAUGAAAAUGUGGAAACUCCCAGGCAGUGGAAACCGACAACCAGCUAAUGUAGAAACAUUUAAUUGUAGUAAAAUAAAGGAAAAUGACAAGGAGGAAGGCUUCUUUUAUUUCAGGGAUAAAGUGAUUCCAAACAAAGCGGGAAAUUAUUACAUCCAGUUUGCCUUUACAGUUGACAAAUCUACUAUUCUCAACAGUGACCAGAUAUUAAUUGAUGUCAUACCUAAUGAACCAGUCAAGUUAGUUCCAGAUUGUCUACCAUCUACCCCGGCUGUUUCUAAUGUUCCACCUAUUGCCAAUAGGACCUUAGUGAAAGACCUAUCCCUCAAUAUCGUGGAUGAACAUAAUAAUCGUACUGGGACUAAUUUGAUUGGCAAGAUAAUUGCUAAAAUUAAAAGUUCCAACGAAGAAGAUACUGAGAUUCCACUUUUUAAUGGGAAAGUUAGAAUGGUUGAAUUUCCAUUUAUCAAGGGAUCAGCUGAAAUCAAGGAUCUAGUGCUGGCAGAAAAUAGCCCUGGAAGAGACAGUACUGAGUAUUUCAUUGUAUUUGAACCUCAACUGCCAGCUUUAUCGAGAAUAUUGGAACCUUACUGUCUGCCAUUUAUGUUUUAUAAUGACUUUAGGAAGCAGCAGCAGAUGGCAGCACUUACAAAAGAGAGAGACCAGCUAUCUCAGUCCAUUGUACUUUAUCGAAAUUUAUUUGAUGCCAGCAAUCAGCUUGUUAGUGAAAUGAAAUGCCAAGCCCAAGAAGCAGGUACAAAAGAAGUCCAUUUGAGGAAUGAGCUAAAAAAACAGCAUCUAAACAUCCCAACGACACAACAGAUACCUCACAUUGACAUGCUUCUGAAACAAAAGAUAUCUGAACAAGAGGGACUAAAGAAACAACCUAGGAGAUCAUGUACUCUUCCAAACUACCCAAAAGGCAAUCCAGACAUUUUGGGAAAGAUUGCACACCUGGCACAGAUUGAAGAUGAUGAAGCUGCAAAGGUUAUUUCUUGGCACUUGGCAAGUGAUAUGGACUGUGUAGUCACUCUAACCACUGAUGCUGCUCGUAGGAUCUUCGAUGAAACUCAAGGUCGUCAACAGGUGUUACCACUUGAUUCUAUUUAUAAGAAGACUCUUCCAGAUUGGAACAGGCCUCUUCCUCAUUUAAGAAAUGGAAAAAAUUAUUUCAGACCUAUUGGUAAUCCAGUAUUUGCCAGAGAUUUGUUAACAUUUCCAGACAAUACAGACCAUUGUCAAACAGUGUUUGGGAUGCUAUUAGGAGAUACCAUCAUUCUGGACAAUUUGGAUGCUGCCAAUCAUUAUAGAAAAGAGGUUGUUAAAAUCACCCAUUGUCCUACUUUGCUAACAAGAGAAGGUGAUCGAAUUAGAAGUAAUGGAAAAUUUGGGGGCCUACAAAAUAAGGCUCCUCCAAUGGACAAACUUCGAGGAAUGGUAUUUGGUGCCCCACUGCCAAGACUUUACCAGACCCUGGCUGGACAAAUAGAUCUUCUCCAGCAAUAUCGUUCAGCUGUGUGCAAACUCAAUAGUGUGACUAAGGAACUUAAUGUUCAAAUAGACUACCUUAAUACUCCAGAUAUGCAGAAGAAAAAACAGGAACUUAGUGAACAAGAGAAAAAUCUGGAACGUAUAGAACAAAAACUUGGUAUGACUCCAACAGGUAAAGGUGAAUUAGUACGUCAAGCAGCUAAACUCAAUAUGUCAGACAGUCCAAUCCCUUCUAAAAGAAUGAGACGGGAAACAACAAAAAAACUAAAUAGGCUCAUAACCAAAUCAGAUGAGUGAAAAUUGACAGAAGGGCUGUUGGUCUCACUAAGAAUGCA